AUGUUUUGGAGGAUACCCGACCGCGCCUUGCAGCAAUCGCUCGAUGUUCUCUGGAACGAGAUCACCUCCGUCACUCACGAGGGCAAUACCCAGUCUUUCGAAAAGGUUCUAACACUACUCAUUGAAGACUUGUCUAGCGUCAAGGAAUCAGAUUGGAACGAGAACUAUCUACCAAGGCACGUAACGAGCCUGGCCAACUCCAUCGUUGUCCACGAGAAAAGUGGAAAGACGAUGGAUGUUGGAGGCGGCUACAAAUUCCUCCGCUGGGCCCUGCUCAACUCAAUGCACGGGGCACAGAUCGUUCCAUUGAUGGUUCUGCUUGGCAAGCAGGAGACCAUUGAACGGCUGAGUGUCGCCAAAACGCUUGCCGCGUCUGCUUUGAGCGAGCUUGAAGCAAUCACACUUCUGGUCGGUGGUAGAUAG